UUGAAUCUCCACCUUCGUCACCUAGCGCUAUGCCACCGCUGAAUAGCUACAAUGAAAAUGGCAAUGCAAGUGAUAUUAUCUGUUCGCUCACCCAGUCGCAGAUGGCUAUCAAUCACACUGGAACCGAUUCUGCGACCUCCACUAAACCGAUAUUCAACUGUGGCCAGUACUCGCAGAAAGUUCUACUCAACCUGAACGCCCUGAGACAGAAUACGCGUUUCUGCGACGUGGAAAUUGUCGUCGGAAGUACCACCAUUCAGGCCCACCGAGCCGUGCUGAGCGCAGCCUCGGCCUAUUUCGAGGCCAUGUUCCGACCGGAGUUGGGCCUCAGCGAGGGAAAGCAAAAAUCCGUAACUUUGCAUUCGAUCCGUGCGGACAUAUUGAAGCUGCUAAUUGAUUUCGUCUACACGGGCCAAGUGGAGAUCAAACAGAGCAACGUGCAAGAGCUUCUGGCUGCGGCAGAUAUGAUCCAACUGCCCGAAGUGGUGGACGGGUGCUGCGAGUAUCUCUGCCGAGAGUUACAUUCUUCCAAUGCACUAGGAAUUCUACGUUUUGCUGAAGCGCACAAUUGUCGUCAGCUGGCAGAGGCUGCCGCCACCUACGUGUACACAAAUUUCCCCAAGGUUGCACUCGAGGAUGAGCUGUUGGAUAUUCCACACAUGAUGCUGAUGAAGGUAAUCUCUUCCGAGUCAUUGCGAGUAGAUAGCGAGUAUCAAGUUUUCAAAGCGGCCCUCCGUUGGAUAAAACACGAUGUCGUGCCACGCAGGCGAUAUGUAUUUGAAAUCCUAUCGCACGUGCGUCUGGCUUUGGUUCCAGUAGGUUUGAUCGACCAAGCAAUAGCUGAAUGCCGCGACGUUUCGUUGAAGAUAGCUUUGAGAUCGGUUAGGAAAGAUCUCACUUCCAAACGGGGCCAACUAGUUCCGCUACGUGUAUGCCCUAGGGUUUGUGCCAAAAAAAGUAUUUAUAUUAUCGGGGGAUCUCGGCGAGAGCAGUCAGCCGGAUGGACUCCGGCGGAUUGUAUCUUCGAAAGCGUGAUAAAGUAUGACAUAUUCCGAAGGGAAUGGAUCGAAUCGGCUCCAAUGCAGAUUGGCCGGAUUUUGCCAGGGGUGGCCACACUCGGUGGUAAAAUCUUCGUCAUCGGUGGUGAACGUGGCAGUCAGAUAUUGGCAAAUGGAGAGGUGUACGAUACUCAGAACAACAGCUGGGAAGCGAUGUCACCGAUGAUCGUGCCAAGAUGCGAGUUUGGCCUAUGUGCUUUGGGCGGCACAUUGUACGCCAUGGGCGGAUGGAUUGGCGAGGACAUAGGUGGUUCUAUAGAGUGCUAUGAUCCGAUGAAGAACUCUUGGAGAAUGGUUGGUGAUUUACCGGAGCCAAGGUUCAGUAUGGGAGUUGUUAGCUUUGAAGGUCUCAUAUACAUUGUUGGAGGUUGUACUACUUCUAGUCGUCAUUUACCGGAUUUGAUAAGCUAUAACCCUGUUACGCACGAAUGGAAUUCUUUGGCGCGGAUGCACACUGCCCGUUGCCAGAUGGGUGUUGCAAUAUUGGACCGCUACCUGUAUGUCGUCGGAGGGAACAGCAGCCAGCAGGAAGUCCUUUACUCAGUCGAGAGAUACUCGUUCGACGAUAACAAAUGGACGAUGGUGGCUCCGAUGUCGGUGAGUCGUGCAAGUCCAGCCGUAGCGGCUGCGGAUGGGUUGUUGUACGUUGCUGGUGGAGAUCAGCCCUGCGAAAUCAACUUCUAUCGAGCACAGGUAACCAUAUCGUCCUUCGAAUGUUACGAUCCCAUGAACGAUCAGUGGAAGGAAUGUCCCGGUUUACCCACCAGUCGAUCAGAAGCUGGUGCUGUGGUGGUUUGAAUUUUACUGUAGCUUUGGUAUGAAACGCACAUGUUUCAGUUGGUGUGGAAACACUGCGAAAUGCACACAUUUUAUCUAGUCGAUUGCAGCUCUUUUGGUUCUAUCUAAACAUUCCUCGGUGGAUCACAAAUUACGUUUUUUUAUUGCACGUGUGGAAUUUGAUUUUUCUUUGAAAUUUUUAUUAAGUUCACGAAAAGUACUGAACCACAUACACCAUACGCAUCACAUUAGAUGCGUUCGAAAGGAUAUUU